UGGAAGGACAACUUUGAGUCCCACUACACUGAGGUGGCAGAGCUGGGCAGGUACAUUACACACCUCUCCUCCUACCACUCCUAGCUGUGUGUGUGUGUGUGUGUGUGUGUGUUUCUGUCUGUCUGUUUACCCUAUUCUACCUACUCUCUCCAUAGAGGCCGGUUCUCUGUGGUCAAGCGUUGCGAACACAAGUCAACUAAACGCACUGUGGCUGUCAAGCUGGUCAAUAAGAAACUGAUGAAAAGAGACCAGGUGACCCAGGAGCUCAGCCUGCUACAGAGACUACAACACACACACCUGGUCACACUGCUGGACACGUACGAGACCCCCAGCAGCUACGCACUGGUCCUGGAGAUGUGAGUUACACAUUUACAUUACAGUUUAGUCAUUUAGCAGACGCUUUUAUCCAGAGAGACUUAGUGAGUGCAUACAUUUACACACACAUCACCUGGCGCCUGCACACAUACACACACACACUCACACACACACACUUGUAGCAAUCGUAGACAGCUACAGAUUGGUCCUGGAGAUGUGAAUACACACACACAGUAACAUUUAACAUUCUCACAACUCUGCUGCCAUCUAAACCUCUCUGCAGGGUUGAUCAGGGUCGUCUCCUGGACUACAUAGUGAGCUGGGGGAAUCUGACUGAGGAGAAAGUGGCCAGCUACCUACGGAACAUCCUAGAAGCUUUACAUUACCUACACAACUGUAGGAUAGCCCAUCUGGACUUAAAGGUACUGUUGUAAUCCUCCUCUUCCUCUUCAUUCUUUCACUCUCUCCUUUUUGCAUUUAGCUCCUAUUUAUACUCUCUCUCCUCUCUAUUCUCUCACUAUCUUUCCCCUUCUCUCUUUUCUAUACCUCCUAUUUAUACUCUGUCUCCCUCCCCCAUAUCGCUCUCCACCUCUCUCCUCCUCCUCCCUUCCUCCUCUUCCUCCAGCCUGAGAACCUGUUGGUGUCCCACACCUCGUCCGGCCAGCCCAUGGUCAAACUGACCGACUUCGGGGACGCCGUCCAGCUCAACAGUGCCCACUACAUCCACCCUCUCCUGGGCAGCCCCGAGUUCGCCUCCCCCGAGCUGGUCGUGGGGGAGCCCGCCGCACUGACCUCUGACCUCUGGAGCCUAGGGGUUGUGACCUACGUCAUCCUGAGCGGGGCGUCUCCCUUCCUGGACGAGAGCGUGGAGGAGACGUGUCUGAACAUCUGCCGGCUAGACUUCAGCUUCCCCCACCACUACUUCCAGGGCGUCACCCAGGGAGCCCGGGAGUUCAUCUGCCUGCUGCUGAGGGCUGACCCUGCAAGGAGGCCUCCGGCUGGGCUAUGUCUGCAGGAGCCCUGGGUUCAGGGCCAGGCCGGGUUAGCAGACGCCCAGGGGCAGGGUAGGGUGGAGGGUGGGUGUCUGGACACGUCUCGCCUUGUGCUGUUCAUAGACAGAAGGAAGCACCAGACAGACGCCAAGCCCAUCGGAGGGGUACAGAGCUUCCUACAGAGCCGUUUACAACCACAGGCCUGA